AUAACUUGCGGACGCGCCGCCCUCCAACCCCUUUCCUUCUACCCCCACGACGAGCCAUGGAUUCCCUCCCAUUAGACACCUCACACCCCGCAGUGCGCGACUAUCUUGCCCUUGUUCGAUUGCAGGUGCAUUAUCUAUCCACAAUUAUCAUUAUCGUCUCAUUAACUCGACCCGGAGGUACUCACACCACUGUCACUGCUGAUCAACAUUGCGUCGGUCGUCGUCUGUGCCUUCGUGAUGAACCCCUCGAUCCAAAAAAUAUCGAGAUUGUACCCCACCCCGGUCUCCCCCCGACCAUCCGUGAUUUCGGUAGGACUUUAACGAAAGGAGUUGGGCUUUCCCUGGUUUUUGCUAAUUGGGUUAUGGCAUUGUGGGCCAUCGCUUGGGUGUUUGAGUGGUUCAUUCUCGCGACUGUGUUUCAGGGCAUUCUGCUUAUCUUGCUCCUGUAUUCUAAUAUCGCGCUGCUCACCUACCAUGCCCCGACGACGCAACGACCCUUCGAUAUGGCUCUCAUUCACGCGCCCUUGCGCUUCUUUUUUGUGGUGCAAUUUGCACUCAUGCUUCCGCUCAAUCUAUUGUGUGUCAAGCUCUACUUCCAAAGAAGCUAUUCGCUCACGCAGUCUAGCAUCGCACUGGGACUGACCUACAUUCCGCUUUACGACGGCACGCCCGCCAACUACAAUGACCAUCAAUGGCCAGCUUUCGGAGUCGUGCUCGGGACUAACAUUAUUACCGUUCUCAUUUUCACCGCACUUCUUCCGCUGGCUUUGGUCGCUUCCUACGUCCGGGCAUAUCUGUAUGAUCGACAAGACUCGCGUCGGGUUGCGCUCGCCGGAGAUGACCACCCCGGUCUGCGUCCUACUAUGCCUUCGAAUGACUCGCAAGUUCAAGGCCCGAGAGAAGUGGAUCCUGAAUCUGUAUGGGGCAAUUGAUAUGCCGGGACAUUUUCACAUUAGUAGGCUACUGGUACGGUUCCCUGGGGAUGCUUUUCUCCGAAUACGACUUGCAUGGCAGCUUCCAAAGCAUCCGGAGUGUAUUCGAACGAGGCGAUGUAGGGAUGAGACAUCAAGCGAGCCUCGUAAGGUGCACAGCUGCCCAAUACAAUGAAAGGCAACGGAUGGCAGGCUGCCAGCCGGUCUAAAACGUCGAGUUGCCACGGAUAUCGGUCCGCAUUCCUCAGCACGAAGAUGACCGCAGUGCUUCCGGUAGGAACGGUGCAGCGGUUAUUCUCUCCGUAGACGAUGUGAUCGCAGGGUGCACGUUUUUCGAUCGACUGGGCGAGAGACAGGAAUGAAGGCCCAGCCGUAUUUCUGACUUUUCCAUCUUGCGUACGAAGCAUGUCGUCAGCGUCAUCAACCGCUUUGUUGAGACUGUCCAUUGGCGGCGUGAAAAGUGUGACCGGUUGGCCAACUUCAAGCGGCCGAAACCCGGACCCGUUCACCAGGGCAGUGGACAGAAAGUAGCUCCUGCGGCUCAGCUCUGCGCUUUCCUUCUUGACCGAUGCCCACUUGGAGGAGAACUCCGGGUCCGUGAAGAGGACAUUGUCCCAGGUGCCUGAAAAUUCAUUCUUCAGCGCAGCAACGCGGGUCUCGUCGAGCGUUAACUGUCCCGAUAUGACGGCCUCGUAAGUGGCCUCCAGUGCCCCAAUCUGCCAGGCCAUCGUAUGGCAGAUCAUAACAAUAUCUGCACCGGCCUGAAGCGCACUGACUGCGCCUUUCUCCACACCACAGGCUCCUUGAGACUGAUUAGAUAUCGCCUCCAUCUCCAGGCAAUCUGUGACCACAACCCCCGAAUGGCCAAGUUCUGUCCGCAGAAUAUCCGUAGUGAAAGUCUUGGAUAAGGAGGCGGGAUCAUGGGCGACCAGGGGGAGAAGAAUAUGAGCAGUCAUGAUGCUCGGGAUUCCUCCAGAGAUGAGGGCUUUGAACGGUGGAAGCUCGUACGAGUCCAGAGCGCUUCUCGGCUUGUUGAUCUGAGGAAGGGCGAGAUGCGAGUCGACUGAUGUAUCACCAUGACCGGGAAAAUGCUUUGCACAAGCAGCAAUGCCACCUCGCGUAAGACCUCGAGCUACGGCAACCGUGAAUGCAGCAACUUGCGACGGAUCUGUGAGGGCGUCAGCCUGAUUGCAGUGUUCCCU